AUGCCGUCCGAAUGGAAUGAGAGGCUAGUGAUCAGCUUCUUGAAAGCGUACAAGCAAUACCCAUGCCUCUGGAACCCUUAUCACAGGCAUUAUUAUAACUGUUACGAGAAGAACAAGGCAUUGCAGAGAAUUAUUGACGAUCUUGGUAUACCUGGUUUUACUAUAACCGAUUAUUUGUACCAGAUCAAGAGCAUAAAAGAAAAAUAUAAGUUGGAGCAAAUACGAACGAUUCAAAGUCUACAGUCUCACAAACAAUACAAAUCGCCAUUCUCCUGGUAUAACAUAAUGGCAGAUAUGUUGGCGAAGGUAAUCGACGAUGAAGAAAGGAUCCGUGAACCGAUUUCCAUUCGUAGAUCCUUGAGCAGCGACUGUAUCAAGGAUUCACAGAGGAAAAGAAGCUCGAGGUCAGAGGGAGAAUUUCUAAAGACUCACCUGUGCAACAAUGUUACCUGUGAUCAGGUAACUUCGAGGAGGAGCAAAUCGAUGGACAAGCCAUCUCAUUGCGAUGGGAAACGUAAUUCAACGAAGAAAACAAUAAUGAAAGAAAAGAGUGAGAAAAGAGUAAGAUACGUUCCUUGUCCAUCCUACAGACCAAAGAAAGAUUUAAAAGAUUGCGAGGAAGAUGAACUUUUGAGUUGUAGACCCACCAGAGAUGUCGAGCCUGAGGAGAUAGAAGAAUAUUGUCCGGCUGUUCCAAGCACCUCAGUGGAUUCUAAAUUUGAUACCGGUCCGCCUUUAACAAGAGAAACUAGUGAAAAUUGUAAACUGCUAUUUUUGAAGUGUCCAGUGUGUGGCUGGGAAGAUGCAAAAAACGAAAGGAGGAGUCAUGUCCCUUGUUCUGAAUACAAUAAGAAUCUUUCUGGUGAAUAUAGCGUGUGUGUUGGAUGUGACAAAGUUGCACAUGAUGAUCCACAUUAUCGAUCAGUAGGGAAUACUGAUUUAUCUGAAUACUUGAAGAAGUACAGUUCUGGGAAUUUCGAACUUUUAGAGUGGUUAUCGAAACAUCCAUCAGCCGUAUCUUUAAUAAGGCUUCCUGCUACUCCACCAGUUUUGUCGCCCGUGGAAUCUGUUAACACUACAGAGAAACAUGCAGAUGCAGAAGUACAACAUAGCGAAGAUCUGAAAAAAGAUGAUGUUCCAAUAACUACGUCGAUUGAAACGCGAGUUGUACAAGUCGAACCAGCGGUAACACAUAAAUUACAAUUUGGUACCAUAAAAGCUCAACUUGAGUUAAUUGUAUCGGAAUCGACCGAACGUUCAAGACCAAAUGAAUUCGCAGAAAGUGUUACUCGAACUACAAGGUCAGUACAAAGCGCAGAACCACCCACAAGAGAAACGCGAACUUCUUUUGAGAGCAAAAGACAUGAAAUAGGCAUCAACACAAUGGAUGCUUUUGACAAAGCAUUGGACAAUACAGUUUGCGUAUCGGCUGGAACGAAAAAAUGCGUUUCGAUUCAAACUUUAGACGAGAUCGAGCGAAACGAGGAAGAGAAGAAAGGAAAUAAACAUUGCAAGGACGAUACGAUGAAAGAAGUAGGAGUAAACGUGGUAGAUCAAACUUCAAGAGGAAUGCAGAGUACUAUUUGUGUAUCGCGUGGAAAUUCAGCCUGCCGCGUGUCUUCAGAGAAAAAGUCAGAACUUGGCACUACGACGUCCGUGCAUCGAGUACGCAGCGUUAGCUGUGUGACAGUGGAGAAUGUUAAAGAAUUCAGAUCGAGUUUCGUACAGUGCGUCUCUAAAGAAAAAUUUCAAGCUUCGACUCGAUCUGAGUGCCAUGAAAAAAGAACUCAAGAACUUGAGGAUCCAUGCACGACGGAUACAUGCCCUUGGAAUAUAUUACAUCUCAGUAGAAAUCCUAUUGUAGCUCCAGUUUUACAACAGCUUCUGCAAAAUAUAUUGUCUAUGCACGAGCAGAGAACGCAAGAGUGUAAAUAUCGCCUGAAAGAAAAUUGCUUGAUCGACCUGAACAAAAUGGUGACAGCAAUUAAAGAAUAUAUAAAGAUGCUAGAAUCAACUAUUAUCAGGGAUGAUUUGCCAGAAUUUUCUGGUAAAUUUGAUAAGAAAUCGUCUUUAGAUGAAGUUCGAAGGGAGCCGAGUUUGAAAGAAACGUGUAUCAUUCGCAAUGAUAAAUCUAUCAUGACUGAAGAGAACAUCUUUGUGCCAGUAUUGCAAUCCGUAUUCACGAGAAGUGAUGAAAGACAGAAAACCAUGGAGGACAAUAUGUUAAUAUUAGAAAAAACCAAGAGGGAACAUUCGAUGGUAGAUAAAGAACUUUGUACUCAUUUGAAUUGUAAAGAUGUUGGUGUUAGUGGAUCGUUAGCACAGCUGUCUAGUCGUGACAUGGAAGUUCAGGGUGACACUCGAUCGUUCAAGGAUUCCGUAUGUGUCGCAAAGUGCGAAUAUACGGCAGAGAGAAUAAGUGUCGGCACUCAGAAACGAGACCCUAUACUAGUUCGAGUGAUCAAAUGCAAUGAGAGCCAGCCGAUAGUAAGAUCGGAUAAAGGAACAUCAACUCUGAAGACGGGCAUGAACUUUGCCAAAAGAUAUACAAGUAAACGUGUAGAAACAUGUGGCCGAUCAACUUGCAUUCCGUCUACUGUUUGUCGAAUGUCGAACGAGGCUAAUUUGAAAUCUGCUUUUCAUAAGGAGCGCGAAAAUGAAAUGAUCGAUAACUAUGACAUAUGCGACAUAAAUUGUAAAGGAAAGAUGUCGUACGAUUGGACUGACGUGACAAACGUCGAUAUAUUUUCAACUAUGACCAACUCAAAAAUUCCAGUAUGCAUGAAGCCGCCACGAAAAUAUAUACACAUUCGCGAGAAGCAAAUGAUUAAUUAA